AUGUCCCCUUCAAUCAGUUCAACACCAACGUCCACCACAUCUUCUUCGCAGCCUCCUUCUUCUCUUCAUCAAGCCUCUCGGCGGAAUGGAAUGAUGUUGAUGAUGAAUCCGCAACAACUACCACUGCAACAACCACUGCAACAACCACUACAACAACAACACUCACAUCAGCAGCAACAGUCCAGUAGCAUCAAUACGAGUGCACCAAAUUCUCAUCAUCACUUGCUUCAACAUGCUGGACUGGUUUCAGCAACAACAGCCAUAGCAUCGAAUCAACAACUCCAACAACAACAAUUUGAAAAGUCAAACAUCAAUCCCACGCCCAUGAAUCAUUCUGUUGUUGAUAUGCAAAGCAUCUUGGCUUCCAUGAUGUCCAUGAAUAAGAACCUGCCCAACAAUGGAAGUAUGUUGGUGAAUGGAAAUGCCAAUUCUCUCUCUCUUCAAUAUUCCACAACCACUAAUCUAACCAAUAACAACAACACCAAUAAUGGCAAUUCCAUCAAGACACCACAACAAUUAAUGAACUUGGACAACCGAUCUUUGCAAUUACUCAUCUCGCAAAUCAUGUCGAAUGGCAAUAGCAUGCAAGUCAAACAGCAAUUACAACAGUUACAACAACAAUUAAAUUCAAAUAACAAUAACAUGGGAAUACCAAAUACAACAACAACAACGGCCGAAUUUUCAAUGAACCCUUCCAUCGUCACAGCUGUGACUUCUAAUGGAAACAACAAUCAUCAUUCACAACAACAAAAUCGAUUCACGCCAACACCUCCAACCACCACAUCUUCUCCUCCCAAUAAUAAUUUACCUUCACAAUUUCAGGUGAGUGGUGUCAAGAAUCAAAUGACAUCAUCGUCGUCCCUCUCUUUACGACCCUCUUCAUCACCUCCUCUUCAAAAUCAGAACAACAACAACAACAUGGUCAUGAACUCGUCACAACAACAACAACAUGUGGUUCCAUCAAACAUGUCCGUAACAUCAACUCCGGUUACGCCCACUACUACUACGACGACGACAAUAACCAACAUCUCUGCCAACAGCAAUAACUUUAAAUCCAUAAAUGGUACCAUCCUCAACAACAACAACAACAACAAUGGAAUGAAUUUAAAUGCAACAACAACCAUGAAACUCUAUUUCAUUUUAAAAGAAGAAACGAUGGAGGAAUUACUACAAGAAGGAAUAUCCAUUGUACGUAGUUCAAAGAAUCAAGGUGGUGUUGGAAUGAAUGGAAUACCUCCUUCUCCCAUUUCGUCCACACCGAAUACUCCACAGCAGCAACAACAAUCAAGUGCUGCUCUCUAUGCAGAAUUAGAAAAUGAAUUGAAACGAUACAAUAUUUCUCACAACCUUUCACAAAUAGGAGGUGUGAAAAAUCAAAACACAUCUUCAACGUCCACAAGUAAUCAUGUCUUGACAGAUUCCAAUAACAUGUCGCCUCCAAGCAGUACCUCCACGACAAAACGAAAAUCAAGUCCAGAGAUUUCUGAACAUAAUGAUCGAACACAAAAAAAGAAGAGAUAA